UCUGUCUUGCCGUACAGUCGGUAAUUAUGCUUACAGCUUUUAGCGUGCUCGGCUAACUGACACCGUAACACUCGGAUUUCGCCGGGAUGGCGGGGGUACAACCCCAGGAUGACCUGCUGAAAAUGACUCACAGAGAAAGCUGGAGGAUGCAACAUGAGCGUCUGCACGUCAAACAUCAAGGUCACGAGGCCAUGCACGCCGAGAUGGUUAUGAUCUUGGUCGCCACUCUUGUGGUGGCCCAGAUCGUGCUGGUCCAGUGGAAGCUACGCCAUCACCGCUCCUACAACCUGGUUACGCUGGUCCAGAUGUGGGUGGUUCCUCUUUACUUCACCAUCAAACUCUACUGGUGGAGGUUCCUGUCCAUGUGGGGUGUCUUCUCUGUCAUCACCAGCUAUGUCAUCUUCAGAGCCACGCGUAAGCCGCUCUCCUGCAGGACGCCAAGGAUGGUGUACAAGUGGUUCUUGUUGAUCUACAAGCUGAGCUAUGCCGUGGGGCUUCUGGGCUACGUGGCCAUCAUGCUCACCAUGUUUGGCUUCAACGUCUUCUUCAGGAUCAAGGCAGAGGACUCUAUGGACGUGGGCGUGGUCAUGUUGUUCUACGGGCUUUACUACGGUGUGUUGGGCCGGGACUUUGCCGAGAUCUGUUCCGACUUUAUGGCGUCCACUAUCGGGUAUUACAGCCGCGGCGGUAUACCUAGCCGCAGUUUGAGCGAGCACAUAUGCGCCGUGUGCGCUCAGAAGAUCCUGGUGGACGUGGAUGAAGAGGGCGUCAUCGAAGACACGUACCAGCUGUCCUGCGGUCACAUAUUCCACGAGUUCUGCAUCCGUGGUUGGUGCAUUGUCGGGAAGAAGCAGACCUGCCCAUACUGCAACGAGAAGGUGGACUUGAAAACAAUGAUGAACAACCCCUGGGAAAAGACGCACGUCCUGUACGGACAGCUGCUGGACUGGCUCCGGUACUUGGUUGCAUGGCAACCCAUCAUCAUCGGCAUCGUUCACGGGAUCAACUUCUCACUAGGGCUGGAAUAGAAUCCCUGAGGAAUGCCACUCCCAAAUAAAGUGUCUUGGAGCAGCAUCCCUAAUUUGUGGACAAAAUAUCGGGAUAUUUUUGCUUCCUGAACUUUAGCCUUCUUUCACUUGACGUGUUUUUGGACGCUGACUCCCCCACUUUUUGGGAGUUUGUAAUGUUUUGUGUAUCACUGAAGUGUGUUGUUUAAAAAAAAAAAAUCCAAUCCAAUAAAUGCAACUUCAACAUG